AAGUGUAAGUGAGGGGUGUGUGUGAAUUACAAGUUGGGAAGUACAGUUCUCUGGCAGAUGGAUACAUGUAAAAACUGCAGAUUCUUACAAAGAUGUAGAUAAAAUCUGCAUUAUAAUUCAUUGUCUUCUGGUGGGCUUGCAGAGUCAUUUAGAAAAUGAACGUGCCUUUGUCAGCUGGUUUGUAAAGAGUUAUUGAUUAUAUUCUUGAAAGAUAGUAAUACUUUCCUUUAAUAGGGGUAGGUAGCCAGAGCUUUUGUUUUUGAGUUCCAUUUUAUUGGAUAAGAUGCAGCAAUAUUGAUUUGGUAGUUUUGCAAGCUUUGUGGUAGGAAUAUGCAAAACAAAAAUGCUGUUGGGACAUUACAAAUUAAACUGAGAUUCACUAAUCAUAUAGAAGGAUCAGAAAUCUGUCCACUGAGGUUUCAGUUAGCAUAUUUAUUUAGUAGAAGUAGGAAUUGGUAUGAGGUUAGAGAAUUUUUAUCAGAAUAAGCUUGAAUUAUGAUAUGUAAAUUCCUGCUAAUAUUGAAUGCUUUUUUUUUGUAGAGUGCAAAAUACCUUGGAGCUAUUUGCAAGAAUUAAAAGAAAUAGUCCUUGUCUUCAAAGACUUUGUAAUCUAAUUACGAGGCAAUAAAGGAAGUGAAAGGGCAGAGAGCUGUUAAAGCUUGUGCCUGCUCUUUGUAAAAUCAAUUUUGCUGAGUUGAGCUUGAUAAGAAGCAGGAGAUAGCGGGAGAUCUCCCUUGAGGAGCACUAUCAGAAACUACCCAGUCCUUUGAAGACAUAGUUAUGUGUCUUGUAUAUGUUGGCUAUUCUAUAGAGUUCUCUUUGCUUUAUAAAAAUUGCUGUUUGAUAACCAUAAUUCCCAUUCUGUGUACUUUGUCUUUAUCUCUUGGACGGUGGACCGAGUUUUACUUUCCGUGGUGCCUACUGGAUGCCAAAACUAGAUUGUGACCCGCACCAAAGUGGGCAAAUAGGUUUUGGUUUCAUGCUGUACAAGUUUGAACCUUCACUUGCUUGCUUUCUCUCUCUUUCUUUCUCUUUCUUUUUAGGGUGGGACUGAGAAUUGAAGCUAGGACCUUGAUCGUAGUAGGCUGGUGUUCUACCAUUGAGCUAUGUCCUCAGCAUUUUUUUUUAAUUUUCCAUGUUGAGGAAGAGUCUUUCUCACCUGCCCAGGCUGGCCUUGGCCUUUACCUUUCUGUCCUCUUGCCUCAGCCUCCAGAGUGGUUGAGAUUAUAGGUGUGAGUCAUUGUGCCUAUCUUUUCUUUGCUUUUAGUGUGUUUUUUUUUUUUUUUUUUUCCCAGUAAUGCAUUCUUAUAAGCAUCUUUAACCCUUCUCAGAACAAAAUUUGGUAUAUUUAAGUAAAUGUCCCGGGAAAUACAUCAGGGCAAAGAAUGUUUUGACAGGGCAAGACAAGGUAAGAAUAUUUUGUCUCAUGGGCUAGAUGUGACCGACAAUAGUGACUGCUAGGACACUGCAUUGAAGAAUAGUUGGAGGCAGUGUCUGUGCUGAUGGGAAGAGGCUUGUGAUCACGGAGCAGUGCUUCUAGUCGUGGGUUGGAGUUGUAAUAGCAUGGAUGCUUCUAUUUGCUAUCCUUGGUAUACAUAAAAUAUACAGGAUGCUAAAUAACACAGGAGGUGGGUGGCUUUUAAAUUUGGAGCUAAAUUUGCAGGGAGAGAUAGAGAGAUACAGGUUUGAGGAAAAAGCUGGUGACUAGCUGGUUGACUGUGGUAGUCAGAUUGAUUUAACCAGAAUAAAAUGUUUGAAGAACAGAAGGCAGUGGCAGAGUGAAGAAGGAAGCAUGGGAACCGGAAUGGAUGGAUGGGGGAGAUUGUUUUUAAGCUCUAAAAUGUUUUCUCAUUAACCUGUACAUUAUUUCCACCAUCUUUUUCUUAGUUCAUGUCUUUGUUAUCCUUUCUGUUUUAUUUUAUUUUUUUGGUACCAGGGCUUACCAGGCAAGCACUUGAGCCACUGAGCUAAAUCCCUGGCAUCUUUUCCAUUUUAAAAGCUGUUUUUCGAAUAGGUAAUACAUCAACAUAUCUCAAAAUACAAAAUUAUAAGCAGACACAUUAAAAGUCCUCGUUCCCAGUGUGGUGGCACAAACCUGAGUCUUAGCUACUGGGCAGGCUGAGGCAGGAACAUCACGGUUCAAGGACAUCCUGGCAAUUUAUUGAGAACUUCUCUCAUACUAAAAUUUUAAAAGGCUGGGGAUGCAACUCAGUGGUAGAGUACUUGGCUAGCAACAGUUGUUCAAUCUCUAGUACUUUACCAAACAAAGAAACAACAACAGAGUCCCUCUUAGUCCUGGCCCUUAACUCUUGAGUUUGCUCCUUUGCAAAGCAGACCACUGUCACUCAUACAUGAUGUGCUUUUACACCUUCUUACACAAAUGACACUUUCAUACCUCUGCACACCCUGCUUCCCUACGGUGCACAUUUUUUUGCACUUGUUUGAUUUCUUGGAUUUUUAAAAGUUUUAUUACAUAAAGAGCCUUCUUCAAAAAUAAACUUCCAUUUGGUUUGUGUCGUUUGUUUGUUGGUACUGAAGAUUGAGCCAGGACGUAGUCCGCACUGGACAGGAAUGCUCUUACUUUAGCAGUAUCUCCAGCGCCUAGUUUGGAAUAAUUUUUAGGGUUAUGGAAAAAUAGUAGAAAGAGCCCUGUAUCUGCCUCACCCAGUUUUAUUUUCCCCUUGACAUUAACUUACUGUGGUACAUCUGUCAGACCUAAGAAACCUGUGUUAGUAUGUUACUCUUAACUGAAUGCCAGGGUGUAUUUGGGUAGCUUCAGUUUUCCAUUAAUGACCUGUUUUGGUUCUAAACACCCAUCCAGAAUGCUAGAUUGCUUAGUCUUUUCUGGUCGCUGACAGUUUUUCAGUCUUGUUUUUUGUGACCUUGACAGUUUUGAGAGUUUUAAGAAUAUCUGUCAGUUUUGGGUUUGUUUGAUGUUCUUUCAUGUUUUUAAUGGGACUAUGGAUGUGUUUUUAAAAAAAUUUUGUGAGUAUUACUUUAAAUGGAUGUAGAAGUUAAUGUAACUAUUUCCCUGGUGACUUCUCUUUAGGUAGUUUAGUAAACUGCAGUGGUUAGAGCAGGUUUUGGAGCUUGACUUUCUGGGUCUAGAUCCUGGCUUCACAUUAACAAUGUGAUCUUGGGGUACUUUUACUUGGCCUUUUCCUCACCUGUGAGAUGUGGUGUUAACUGCACUUAUGUCAUAGAAUUGGUGGGAGAAUAAUGUAUGAUGUGCUUAGGAUAGUGUCUGGUACUAUGCUUAAUGCUAGGUGAGAAGUUGCUAUCACUGCAUUGUCAUUACUGUUUACUUAUUUGUCUUGAAUUUCUGGACAUUGGGCCUAGGACCUUGCCCUUGCUAGGCAAGUGUUCUACCACUGAGCUAUGUCCUUAGUCCUUUUUAAAUCUAAUUUUGAGACAAGUCUUGCUAAAUUGCCAAGGAUCCCCUUGAACUGUGAUCUUUCUGUUUCUGCUGCCAAGUAGCUGGAAUUAGAGAUGUGUACCACCAUGCCCAGUUCAGUAUUGAUGUUGUCAAUAAAUUAGUAUAAUGUAUUAUUUCACAUGAAAUGAUAGGUAUAUAUAAAUUAAUUUUUGGGAAUGGGAUUUUGCAUUUAUAGUUUUGGUAAAUAUCAUUACAUUUCCCUUCACAGAGGUACUAUGGUGCUUAUCUAACCAGGAAUGUGUGAGAAGAUCAGUAUGACUGUUUGUAGUGUGUCACUAGAUUAUUUGAUGUCUGCCAGUCUCUUGGGGCAUUUUUUGUUAUGAAUUAACUCAAGCAUCUUUUCCUUGAGUCAUUUAGAAGUUCCGUUUUUUUUUUUAAAUUUUUUUUUGUACUGGGGUCAAACUCACGGUCUUAACGCUUGCCAGGCAGGCACUUGUGCCACUGAGCUAAGCCCCCGGCAAAAGUUCAGGUUUUGAUGUGACUCAUUCUGAAUCAUUACUGUUUCAUCAGCUGGGAAGGGUAAGAAAUGUUUUUGGGAAAUUAUUACAGAAAUAGGUAUAGGAAAAGUCCUGGAAAAGACUAGAAGAAGCACUGUAAUUAAUUGCAAAGUGGAAGAUCUGAGAACUGGGAACCAAAUUUCUGAUCUCUAGUGUGGUAACGUGCUUUAGAAACGUUUUUCAGUUUUGGGGGAAAUCACCUUGUUGCCUUUUUAGCUGACUGCAAAUGAAGCUGCAGAGGUGGGAAUUGGAAGGAAAGUUAUAGUUAGAUAAAACUCAAAACAGAAUUAGGCCAACAUCUUUUGAUACUCAUGUUUAUUAUUUUGCAGAAUAAUUCAGCAUAAAUAAAAGCUCGCUUAUGUAAUUAUAAUUAACUAACAUCCAAUCUUGUUAAGUUUUCCUUUCCCAUUGUGUUCUUCUGUAUACCUGAUCAUUGCAGGGCAGUGUUUUUUUCCUGAUGUCAUGUACUCUUUAACGGUCGUUAUUGUUAAACUGCCUUUUUCCCCACACUACGUUUACUGUUCCUCUUCUUCCCAACGGAAGUGUGAGUCGUACUUUUUAUCACAUUGCUGUAGCUGGCUUUUCACUGUACCCCAAAGGCCAGUGUGUUGAAUGUCUAGUUCCCUAGCUUGGUGCUGUAGAGAGAUGAUGAAUCUCUGAGUUUGGUAGCAGACCCUUGUAACCCAGCUACUUGGGAGGCAGAAGAAUCAGGGAUUUGAGGGCUGCCUGGUCAGUUUAAUGAGACAGUGUCUCAAGUAAAAACAAAAAGCCAAAAAAGAAGAGGUGGAAGCCUUUGAGGAUCGUUGGGACCUGGUUCCUUUUGUCUUUUUCAUUUCCUGAUUGUGAGGCGAGUGGCUUUGUUCCACCAUUCACAGUGUUGGAAAGCUGCCUUGUCCCCACCUAAAAGCUGCAGGGCCAACAGUAAUAAAUUGGAAUCUCCAACACCAUGAGCCAAAAUCAACCUUUUCUCUUUAUAAACUGAUUACCUCAGGUGUUUGUUAUGGUGACAGAAAGUUAACACAUAGCCAGAUGGGGCCUUCCUUGUCUGGAUGUGCUUCCUUGUCUGGCCUUGUCUGGCCUUUAAGUGUGAGCUCUGGGUUUGGACCACGUGAGGCCUGUCAUUUACCACUCACAGCAUGGAGGCUCCAGAAGCUCUGGGACCUGAGGACAGACUCUUGGUGACUGGGUGAAGGGAAGUACAGAAGUGCUGAAAGGAGAAAGGCACGUUAAGGAGAAGGUAGUAAACACUUCAAAGUGGAAUCUGGGUUCUUGGAACUUGAGACUCUUGGUUUCUGAGUAAUUAAGUCGAAAAGAAUGAUGAGGGCAACGGAGCAGCCCAAGUAACCUAUUAUUAACCUUCUGGCCUAGUUCUCUGGGUGUGUGCUGCACUGAAGAUACUUCUUAGCGGGACUGCCAAGAUACAAUGCAAGUGGUGCCCCAUAUACUCAGUCAAAUCAAGUCAAACCUAAAGCUAAAAAUUUCUCCUGUCUGCCUUAAUGUGCAAGUUAAGUUUGUUAAAAGACAGUUGGGUCCUUACUUAAGUUUCUUUUGUUGUGACUGGGGACACUGGAGACCACAGACUUCUGGGCCAGGAGAUAGAAAGGACAUGGCCUAGAGCCCUUAGAAGCCAGAGGUUGGGAGCUUAAAGGCAGUUCAGGAGCCCACAGUGUUUUCCAGUUUUCACUGGGGCUUGGGUGAUCUUUACUCACAGAUAAAACCAGACAUUUCCACUGUAUAGGAAGGUAGUGAACUGGACACAUAUCUUAAUUGACUUGUGGUGAGAUGGAAGCCGCUACUGCAAACUUUGUAAAGUGGGAUUUGUAUCCCCUUUAUUUGCAGAAUACCCAACAACUCCAGGAUUGGAAACAGGGUGAGUGGAUCUUUUAAAAAAAUUUUUUUGGGGGGCUGUGGAUUUAGCUCAGCGGUAUAAGCACCUGCCUUGCAAGCAGGCAGUUGUGAGUUCGAUCCCCGGUACCGAUAAAAAAAGGAAAAAGACAAAAAAAAAAUUUUUUUUUUUGGUACCGGGGAUUGAACACACAACCUUGUGCUUGUCAGGAACACACUUAUACCACUGAGCUAAAUCCCUGGCUUGGGUGAAUGGAUCUUACAGCAAACAUCCCUUGGAUUCUCUUCUAAAUAUACAAUUUCCAUUAAAGUGCCAUUUAAGUUAGUCUGAUUUUAUUAUACCUUUUGAGAAUAUUGAAAUCUAUCAGGUUUUUUGUACCCUUAUGUGAGUCAUUUAAGUAGUUAAUUAUUAUUGCUUUUCUCCUUGAUAACUUACUGAGAUCGGAUACUAUAGAAACAAGAAUGUUCAUAAAGAAAUACUCUUAUAAUUUGUAUCUGGCCUUGUCUUUUUAGGCUCUUGUAGAAGAAUGCCACAUUUCGGGGUGACUUGUAGACCAUAAAAUAUUUUUCACAGUUCUGGAGGUCAGAAAGUCUGAGGUUGAGGCACAGGCAAAUUCAGAACCUGGUAGGCAAGUUUCGUGGUUCAUAGAUGGUCGUAGCUGCGCCUCCCAUGGAGGAAGGAGUGAAGGGACUCUAGGAUCUCUUUUAGAAGGGUGCUAGUCUCAUUCACGAGGUCUCUGUGUUCCUGACCUAACCCCUCCCCAAGACUCCAUUCCUUAGCACCCUUCCCUCAGAGGUGGGGAUUUCAGUGUGUGAGGCUCAUGCUGCAGCUGCUGCCUGGGGUGACUCUGAAGCAUUGAGCACAGUUUCACGAAGGGAAGUGUUGGUGAUGGACCCAGGAAGGUCUUGCUGGGCCUGGAAUCCAAUCCUGCUUACUCAUUCCACAUAUAGUAAUUUAAUAUCCCUCUGUCCAACCUACAUGAUUGUAAACAUAGUUCUACUUUAAUUUAAAGCACAUUGUUCAAGUAUUAGAAAGCACAGAAAGGAUUCAGUGACAUUUCCUACCCGCCUGUAGCAAAAAAGUAAAGUUUCAUUUUUAUAAUCACACCUACUUCCUUUUACCUACUCCCUUUGCUCCUUAGUACUUGUCAGCCAUCAGUGUAUUCUCUGUUACUAUAUUUUGUCAAGGGUGAUGUAUAGAGGGUAUCUUGUAAUGUACAUCCUUUCAAGAUAGGCUUUUUUCCUUUUGGCAUAAUUCUCUUGAGAUUCAUACAUAGGCUACUCUGGUUGAAUAGUUUGUUCCUUUUUAAUUGCUGAGUAGUAUUCCAUGGUAUGGAUAUACUUGAGUUUGUUUGUUCACCUGUUAAAGGAUAACUGGACUGUUUCUUUUGGAUAUUAUGACUGUCACUACUAUAAACAUUUGUGUAUAGGUUUUUAUGUGAACAUAAGUCUUCAUCUGUCUACAAUAAAUGCCGAAGAGUACAAUUUCUAGUUGUAUGGUAGUUGCAUCUUUAGGUUUUAAAGAAAUUGCCGGUGUCUUUCAGAGUGACUGUGUCAUUUUAAAUUUCAUGAGGAAUAUUAUGAAUGUGAUGGACUAAAUGCUGUCUGUCCAGUUCAUGUAUUGAAACUCCUAGCCCUUAGUACCUUGGAAUGCUUAACUGUAUUUGAAGAAAGGGCUUUUAGAGAGGUGAUUUAAACUUUAACAUUAGGUGGGGCUUAAUUUGUGACUGAUGUCCUUAUAUGAAGAGAAAAUGCAGGAGCACAGAGACCCCUGAGACGUGUGCACACGAAGGAAAGACUGAGGACACAGUGAUUGGCAGAGUGAGAGCUAAGAACAGAAAGUCCCAGAAGAAACCAAACCUGCUGACACCUUCAUCUUGGACGACAGCCUCUAGAUCCAUGAGAAAAUAGGUGUUUAAGCUGCACAGUGUGCUGUUCUAGGCGACUAAUACAAAGCGAGGACACUAACUGGAGUGAAAUGGAAGCCUCAGUUAUAUUACCCAUUCUGAAGAAGAAGCUGGCCUUCCUGUCCGGAGGAAAGGACAGACGAAGUGGCCUCAUUCUGACAAUUCCAUUAUGCCUUGAACAAACAAAUAUGGAUGAAUUGAGUGUCACUUUGGACUAUCUACUCAGCAUUCCAAGCGAAAAGUGUAAAGCUAGAGGAUUUACUGUGAUUGUAGAUGGCAGAAAAUCACAAUGGAAUGUGGUGAAAACAGUAGUCUUAAUGCUACAGAAUGUUGUUCCAGCUGAAGUGUCCCUUGUUUGUGUAGUGAAGCCAGAUGAGUUCUGGGAUAAGAAAGUAACACACUUUUGUUUUUGGAAAGAAAAGGAUAGACUUGGCUUUGAGGUUAUUUUAGUGUCUGCCAAUAAAUUGACUCGUUACAUUGAGCCAUGCCAGUUAACAGAAGAUUUUGGUGGGAGCCUCACCUAUGAUCACAUGGAUUGGUUAAAUAAGAGGCUGGUUUUUGAGAAGUUUACAAAGGAAUCUACUUCAUUAUUAGAUGAACUUGCUUUGAUUAACAAUGGUAGUGAUAAAGGAAAUCAGCAAGAGAAAGAAAGGUCCGUGGAUUUAAACUUUCUUCCAUCAGUUGAUCCUGAAACAGUUCUUCAGACAGGACAUGAAUUGUUAUCCGAAUUACAGCAGCGUCGAUUUAAUGGCUCUGACGGAGGAGUCUCAUGGUCUCCUAUGGAUGAUGAACUGCUUGCCCAGCCACAGGUUAUGAAAUUAUUAGAUUCACUCCGAGAGCAGUAUACUCGCUACCAGGAAGUCUGUAGGCAGCGUAGCAAGCGCACACAGUUAGAAGAGAUUCAACAGAAGGUGAUGCAGGUCGUGAAUUGGCUUGAAGGACCCGGAUCUGAACAGCUGAGAGCCCAGUGGGGGAUUGGUGACUCCAUCAGGGCUUCCCAGGCCCUGCAGCAGAAGCACGAAGAGAUCGAGAGCCAGCACAGUGAAUGGUUUGCAGUAUAUGUGGAGCUUAAUCAGCAAAUUGCAGCACUCUUAAAUGCCGGAGAUGAGGAAGAUCUGGUGGAACUGAAGUCCCUGCAGCAGCAACUUAGUGACGUUUGCUAUCGACAGGCCAGUCAGCUGGAAUUUAGGCAAAAUCUCUUGCAAGCAGCUCUAGAAUUUCAUGGUGUUGCCCAAGAUUUGUCUCAGCAGUUGGAUGGCUUAUUAGGGAUGUUGUGCGUAGAUGUAGCACCAGCUGAUGGAGCAUCGAUUCAGCAAACUUUAAAACUGCUUGAAGAGAAGCUGAAAAGUGUUGAUGUAGGAUUGCAAGGUUUGCGUGAAAAAGGUCAAGGUCUCCUGGAUCAGAUCUCCAAUCAGGCAUCCUGGGCCUAUGGAAAGGAUGUAACCAUUGAAAAUAAAGAAAAUGUGGAUCAUAUACAAGGAGUGAUGGAAGAUAUGCAACUUAGAAAACAAAGAUGUGAAGACAUGGUAGAUGUGCGAAGGUUAAAGAUGCUUCAGAUGGUGCAGCUAUUUAAAUGUGAAGAAGACGCUGCCCAGGCUGUCGAAUGGCUGAGUGAACUGCUGGAUGCUCUCCUUAAGACCCACACGAGACUGGGCGAUGAUGCCCAGGAAACGAAAGUUCUCCUGGAAAAGCAUCGAAAAUUUGUUGAUGUUGCACAGAGCACUUAUGACUACGGGAGACAGUUGCUGCAGGCCACGGUGGUGUUGUGCCAGUCUUUGCGCUGCACCUCUCGGUCCUCUGGGGACACGCUUCCUCGCCUGAACAGAGUGUGGAAACAGUUUACAGUAGCAUCUGAAGAGAGGGUGCAUAGGCUGGAGAUGGCUAUUGCAUUUCACUCAAAUGCUGAAAAGAUUUUGCAGGACUGUCCAGAAGAGCCUGAAACUAUGAAUGAUGAAGAGCAGUUUGAUGAAAUUGAAGCAGUUGGGAAAUCACUUUUGGAUAGGCUAACUGUUCCUGUAGUUUAUCCUGAUGGAACCGAACAAUAUUUUGGGAGUCCAAGUGACAUGGCUUCUACUGCAGAGCACAUCAGAGACAGGAUGAAACUAGUUAGUCUCAAACGGCAGCAGCUGAGACAUCCUGAGAUGGUGCCCACGGAGAGCUAAUAGCUGCCAGCUUCCCGCAGAUCUGCAGCUCAUCUCCUGCGUGUCGUCAGCAGCGCACUGCAGCACUCACGCAGUACACUAAGCCGUGUCUCCCAGCAGGAGAAGCCUCGGUUCCUCCACCCACACUUCUCUCUCCAUGCUAACACCUCACAACUACCAAGGCAUAAUUGUUUGACAUGCUUUGAGACCAUAGACUCCAGGUAUCUUAAAAGAAGGAACUGUAAACAUUGCACUGAAAACUUGCUUUCAAGCUUUAUCUGACCUGUCAGUUUGUAAAUGAACAACUGAUAAAAAGCUUUGAAUGGUGCUAAUAAGAGUUUAGGAAUUUUCUCCUUUAGAAAAAAUGGUUGCCCUUCCUCCCCAGGUGAUGUAGUAAAUUUAGAUUGUAAUUAAUCUGUUAUUAGUAGACAGUGGCGUUCUCAAAAUUUUACUUUGUAAUUCUUCAGAAUUGAUUAUUUUUAUUGUGUCAAUAUGGAAAAAAUCCUUCAGAUCUUUGAUAUAUUACAUUCAUUAAAGGACAUUUUCUUAUUUGUAUCGAUAAUGUAUUAAAACUUCUUUGUGCUUAAUAAAAGGCUUCUUUAAACAUCUUAUUUAAUUUGGUAGUUAUAUCCUAUCUCCAAAUAUGAGUGCCUUACUGAAAAGGGCAUUCUUAAGUUGUGGGAGUGAUUUAAUAAUUGUUUUUUCAUGGUGAUUGCAUGUGUCUUAGCCAGGAGAUUCAUAUGUAAGCAUGUAUAUAAUAAAUAAGCAUGUUUUAUCAUGAAUAAUUGUGAAAAACAACUUAGAUCUUUAAGGACAUCUUAAUAAUGGAACACUUGUAAUUUUUCUCUUCAGCUUAAAAAAUACUGUCCAAAUGAUUAACUACCCUGAAGACACUGUCUUUGGGGAAGGAGGGUUUUUAGGCAUUCAAAAUUAACUUCACUGUAAUUAAUCCUUUAUAUCAGAAUAAUCUUUCUGGAACUAAAAUAGCAAUUGUUAAUGCAGUUCAUUUCUCAUGACAGACUAGAGGCAAAAUAAGUUUUGAAGCAUCUAAUCACAGCACUGUACAACUCCUUUAGAAAUAUAUUUGUAUUUAGUUUCUCAAUUGUAAAAUGCAUAUAACUUAACUUUUAUGCUAAUUUUUGGUUUAGAUUUUUUUUUAAAAAGACUGAAAAAAACUUUAGUCUUGCGAUCAGUAUAAAAUUAGGCAAAGAAUUGUAUGCUGGUUCGUUUUUGUAGUCCACAAACUGGCUCAUGUAACCUCUGAUGCAAAAGCUCCCUGAGUCUGCCGGCUUCUCCAGCCUCUUCACUGCCAGACUUCUUAAAGAAGUCCACAUCUGUUGCCCCCACAUCCUCAGCACCCUCUACGCUGCAUCUCCUUGUAAUCUGGCUUUACACGGCAUUGUAGUGACACUGGUCUUUUGAAAGUCAGCAGUGGUCAUCCAGUUACCAGGUUCAGUGUUUUGUCCUUAGCCGGCAUUCCUGACCUUUCUGUUUUCUGUAACAUUUGACCAUUGACAGCCUAGCCCAGACAUUGUCUUCUCCCUCAGAGAUGCUAUCCUGUGCCAUAACUGUGAGCAUAGUUACGUAAGUCUUAAAUGACGUCUUCUAAACAUGCACUUUCUGAGAGUGCAUCCUUAAAAUGCUGUGACUCUGUCUCAUCCUUAGGCUUUCUCAUUUGUCCCAGUUUCUACCUGGUUCAGAAUACCAAGUUUAUACUUUGAACUGCCUACUUUAUGAUACAGCCUAGAGGGGAAUUUACCACACUUACCAACUUUCUUCUCUCGGAAUAGUUUCGUUUAAUGGUGCAACUUUUGUUCCUAGUCAAACAUGCAAGGGUCGGAGGCAGAAUCCUGCUGUUCCCUCUUAUGCUGCCACUGCUUCCAACAGCAUCCAGGAAGUUCUUUCUAUACUUGAUGAUACCUUCUGCCUUUUAAGGCUUUAUUCCUAUGAGUAGGAACUUCUGUGCUUCUUCCUUUUAGUCUCCAUGAUGGUGCUAACCAUGUCCUACAGUGUUUAUGUCUCCUCCCUCCACACUACACGCUCUUUUGAGGGAAUCAUAUUGUCCUGCUUGUUCUGAUUUCAGGCUUUUGCACAUGUAACAGACACUCAGUUCUCCUACCUUGGAUUCUGUUGUAAGUAUUUAGAAUAAGCCCUCUUGUAUUACAAUCUGAAGUGUGUUUUAAGUGUAUUUAUUUCCUAAACUGAGGACGGACUUAUGAAUAAAUUACUUUCCCAGAAAGUCACUUGGUAUUUCCCUUACAUAGGUAGCUACUUUAGAUAUGUAGUUAUUACAGUCAAUAUGUGUUCUACUGAAUUUUAGAGUCAUUAGAAUGUUUCUAUUAUGACUUUGCUAAAAGAGCUCGUUUGUUUACACCAUCAACUCAUGGACUCGUAACUGCUAAAUGAAUUAAUUUUUAUCUUAAGUGCUUCUGCCCACUAAAAGAGUAGUGUAAGGCAAUAUCAGGACAUGCUGUUUGUACUUUCAGUGCUUCACAUGAAACUACCUAUGCUUUUGGAAAAUACAGGUCGUGCUCCAUUUGUAAUUCUGCAACUUUCUUAAGCAUAUCUAUAUUCAGGUAUAGUUAUGAAUGAAAACCUUGAGUGCCCUAAAGUUACUUUUCUCAAUAUGUUGUAGUUUCUUCAGAAUACUCAUGAAGGGUGCGGCUGUCGUCUAUUGGAAAUCAGAAGUCCUCUGUCAUAAAUUAACAUGAGCUUCCAAGUGGAACAAAAAAGAACCACUCAUUUCUAUCAUAUUCAUACCAGAACCCCCCACAGUACUUUAGCCACUCUCUGGGAGUUACUUAGAUGUUUAUUGGACUAAUUUUUUGGUUUGAGGGCUUUUUUUUUUUUUUUUUUGCCUUUUUACUGCAUAUUUGCUGUUGUAUAAACCUAGUAUAAAAUGGUGGUUUUUCUUCAUACAUGUGUCUAACUCAGUGGAGUUAGGAUAUAAAGAUAGUAAGUUUGUUUCGAAUCAUUUUGGUUUGUUUCCAGUCCUCACUAUUGGUGACUUUAUUCUGAUAGGGUAACUCACUGGUAAUAUUGAUGAAGCUACUCAGCCUGCCAGCCGGAAAGUUGAUGAUGGGUCUAGGUUCCAUGGUGGAUCUCGGUAGACAAUUGGAUGCUUCUUUUGUGUUGUAGGGGGUUAGAUUGACCAUUGAGCUUCCAAAUGUUACUUCAUCUUAAAUGUGUUCACUGCUUCAUUGCCUUGUCAGCUGUUACCAAUGUCAUAUUGCUUAAGAUGCACAUAACAAGUUACUUUUCUGAAAGUACUAAACAAGCCAUGUUCUCUGAUGUAAACCCAUUGUAACCAAUAGUAUGAGUGUGAGCUUAGGUGAAAAUGUGCAAUGUACAUUUGAAAAAAUAAUUCAGAGUUCUCUACUUCCUCAUAAGUUACUUGCCAGUCCCCAAGUACUUCUAUCCUCAUGUCCUAUCUAAAGUGCACAGGACUAUAGUAGCAUACCAUGGUUAUUAAAAGUUAGAUAUACGGUCACUGCUAAGGUGCCCUGCAUCUUGAACCCCUGGAGAUGAUACAAGCAGAAAUAAAUACCAGCACAUACUUCAUCUCUGUGAUGAGAUGUAUAAUUAUGGUCUUUGUUGCAGCCUCUACAAGAAAAGUUCUCUUAAGACUAGAAAGAUUUACUGAAGACAGCUGAACCACUAACCUAAACUUAACUAGUGUUAACUUUAAGCCUAGAAAUACAAGGUUUUAUUUGGGAAUAGAAACACAUUGCUGGUAUGUAGGCCAACAAAUAUCUUAAUGAGCCAAAAUGAAGUACAGAUUUAACAUUUGGCUUCAUCAUAUGCCUCAAAAAAAGUCUUGGUUUUCCUAAGAAGCGUAACUAGCGGGAAGAACUGUAGAGGAAUGGUCAUAAAAGCUAAAAUAAGAACUGUAGCAAAUAGAAUUUGGAGUUUUCGUAUAGUACUUGGCUUUGAAAUCUGCCUUUGCCAAUUAUUGGGACCUUAGUAUACAAAACAAGAUCAGUAAAAUUUCUCUGAGACAUAAAAUAGGGCACUCGUCGUGUAAUUAAAAUAAUUAAAUCUGUAAAAGUGUUAGAAACCAAAAAGCUACACAAAAUAGAAGGUAUCAUUGCUAUAAUUAUCUUUUGGAGCAAAAAAAAAUUGAUCAUUCUUUAGUUUUACUGUGAGUCACAGGCAAGUUGGGAUGGGGGGAAGUGGCAGUUGCUUAUGUCACCCACCCCUUUAGCUUGAUCUCCCCUUCAUUCACCCAUUUCACAGUGUAAAGGAGAACAUACAGGAAUUACACGUCUGAGAUACUGUGAGUAGUUGGUGAGUUUAUUAGUGUAUAUAAUAAGGCUUUGAAAGUGACAGAUUUGCUGUUUUAUGGGAAGAGUAAUACAGAAGAAGGGUAAGUAUUGUCUGUUUAGAGGCUGCCAGGAUAUGACACAACUCUUAAUAUAAAACAUAAGCAAGAAAAAAAUCAUAGUAGGAGUGUGCAUUAAUAAGUCAGCACUACAUGCAGAAACAAUGAAAGCAUAGUCUCUUAGGAUAUUGGUAAAGUAGUCCAGUAAUGAGUUCCUUAAAAAAAGUGAUAAGACCAUUAUUUGUGCUGGGUAAGGUUAGAGGAGCCAUCUUGGCAAACUCAGGCAGAGAAAAUUUAAAAAGUGCUGUGGUAGACUCAGAACAGGACAUUCCACGAGUUAGCGUAAACACAGGCAGACCGUGAGUCUGAAAAGGUUCAUGGAUACGGUGCUGAGUGUGGGUCAACAGUACAGCAGGAGUUGAAGGCUUUUUGAAAGCUUGAGAGUUAACACUAGUCCUUGUACUUCAAGAGAAAGCAGAACCUGCAAUAGAACAUAGAGCCUUGGAGAUGAAAAGGAAGGCAGACCUGUAGCUGAUGUUGAGAGCCAACGAGGAAAGUGUUUCUAGAAUCACGAUUCUUACGUGGACUCUGUAAGGCAGUCUAGCACACAGGUCUUGUAGGUCGUGAUGUAGGCGUUCUUAGCAUACAACUGAAAACAACCACUGUCGGCCAGCUGUUGAGUGUGGCGAUGUGAGAGGGGUUUUAAAGUUAGGCAUGCGGGAAACUUUCUGACACAAGGGCUUCUGAACUUUGAAGCAGGUUCCUAGGGAACCUCAAGGGGGCACGUCAGAAAUAUUUACAAGUCCAGGGCCGCAUUGUCUGCUGGGGUCCAAGUGCAGUUCUCCUUAGAGGCAGGAGGAGGAUGGAGGUGCCUGCCCACAGAGAACACAGUGGCCCCUGCGCCAUACGUGAUCAGGCUCUUAUCUUUUAUAGUCACUAUGGCUCUUUUUUAGUCUCGGAGUUAAAGUGAGAUCACUUCCUGUACUUCCUUGUCUUAACUCUGGUGUUAGUCCCAUGUGAUCAACAGAUUUGCUUAGAUUAUGCAAUCAAAAUACAUGGACUUUUUCACAGAUGUGUGAGGGUCAAAAUAGCACUUUGGCAGUUUUGAACCAGAGUAGAUGUGAGAACUGAUACAGUGUAGAACAGCGGUGGCAAGCCUGUGCCAUGUAGGCUCAAGUGGGCUGUUUGUAUCUUUGAAUACUCUAAAAUGUUCACCGUCACUGAUGGAUCCUUUCACACACUCUUUGGAGGAACUUAACGUUUCUAAAUUGACACUUGGAAGAAUUUAAUGAUUACACUAGCAUGAGAACCAGCAGUGAAUUUCUCAGAAUUUUUGGUAGUGUUUUAUUGAGGGAAUUAGGAAUUUCUUAUUUCCCAGUGUUUUAUUAUAAAUAUUUUCAAACAUAAAAAAUAAUUUUGUGAUAUACUACCUAGAUCCUAGUUAUUAAGUAUUCUUGCUUUAUCAUGUAUGCAUCAGUUCAUCCAUUCAGAUUUCUAAUGCAUUUAGAUUUCCAGAUGUCUAUACUUCCUACUACACACCUCAGCAUAGAAGAUACAUACAGUGCUAUCAAGAUAGAAAACAGCACCCUAGACAGUUCCAAUGUGGCCCUUUCCAGUCAGUCCUUAUCAUCUGCUUAGCUUUCAGAAGUAAUCACUGUUCUUUUUCUACCUUAAGUUAACAUUCUGUUCUUCAACUUACUGUAAAUAAAAUCAUCAUAUACUCUUCUACAAGCCUUCUCCACUAUUACAAUGAUUGGGAGAUUUAGCCACAUAGCUGGAUGAACAUCAUUUGUUCAGUCACUGAUGACUGGAGUAGCGUUCCAUUCAUUGUAUACUGUAGUUUGUUUACCUACUUUCCUAUUGGCUACCUGGAGUGUUUCCAGGAUCGGCAAUUAUAAAUAAAGCUGCUGUGAUCAUACUUACAUAGGUUUAUGUGAACGUAAGUGUUUAUUUUCUCUUGGGUAAAUAGGAUUAGAAUUGCUGGAUUGUUUAUAGAGUAGUUUUGGAAGAAAAUGUUUCUGUUUUCAAUGCAGUUGUCCUGUUCCGGAAUUUUAUAUUUUGAGUGUGUUAGAAAGGUAUACACUAUUUUUUAUGAUCCAUAUUGAAAUAUUAGGAGAAGUAGGUUUGGGGUAGAAAUGGCUUCAUUCAUGGUUAACAGUAGUAUUAUCUGAGGGAAGCUAAGAUUUGCCUGCCCAAAACAGCUCCUCAAAAGCUUCUUCUGCUUGAAAUUUCAGCUUUAGUUUUACGCUUUGAAAGGUUACGCUCUGAGCAUGGUAAUAUAUUAGCUAGAAGAAACAGCACUGGUUUUGUUCAUAUUACUAACUUUUGCCACCCAUUUUCAGUAAAUAAAAUAAGACUCUCAUCAUUGAAUAAAAAAACUACUGUUUGUCGAGGGACUAGUUGUAAAAACAUGUACCAAUAGUCAGUCCCCAGUAUGACAGUGUGAGUGUCACCUGGAGGGGACAUCCCCAAAUGGCUAUCGGAAAAGCAAAAAACAGGGUGGGAAGAAUUCUACCUCACAGUUUCGCAUAGGGGAUAGCUAUGCUUUUGCAGGACACUUUAGCCUUUAAAAAUCACACUUUCCAUGUUUCUCUUUUAUUCAGUACCUUACUACACUCUGGUGAUUUUCCUCUUCACUGUGUUUUACCCUUCCGGCCAGUUCCUACAUAAAGCAUUCACCUGUAUUAGCCUGUAAGGUUAUAAUGUACAUUUCCAAUGCCCAUAUUUAGAGAUAUUUGUGUAUGAUUUAUCCAGUCUUUCCUAGUAGAUUUUUAAGGGCUGGGAAAUUUGGCUUCUACUGUAAAUCCUUAUAAUGCUCCAUACAUUGUAAAUAUGCAAUAAAAAUGUUUAAAACUAUAA